GAUGCGUCAGUGAGUGAUUCAACAAAAACAACACUAUCAACAGCGAAUGAACGGCGUCGUGGUUUAGUGGAUUCUGGGUUUGUGCCUCCGGAGAACGAUGGUCACGGCAGUCCUGAACCUGAUCCCGAACGGGUAUUGCGGCAAUUGAGAGUACCGUCGAAUGUGGAAUUGUUCUAUCGAACGCCAAAUCCCUUCAGAUACGGAUUACGAAUGAGGUUGAACGAUGAGGGUGGCAAAGAUUAUUUCGAAACACUACCAGUGGAUAUUAUAUUGAUGAUAUUCAGUUAUCUCAAUAAAACCGAUCUUGUUAUGGCCGCAAUGUGCUGCAGACGUUUCCGUGACAUUGGUUAUAAUCAGUCGUUAUGGGAAUUCAUGGAUCUCGGUCAAAAAUUUGUUACGGACACAGAGAUACAUUCUUUGAUGGAUCGUGGAGUACGUUAUCUGCGUUUAACGUACACAACGAUAAUUGCCAAACAGAACGACAGUGUUAAUUCUUCACCUGACAGUCAGCCUACACAUUCAAGUCCAACCGAAGAACCUCAGCAACCAAGAGUGUUUCCUAGUAAAUUGACACAUUUGGACUUAUCCGGUUCAGCGAUUGAAAGACCUGAUAUUUUCGCGAGUAUUUUGAGGAGAUGUACAAAACUUGAGGUUGGAAUCGUCCAUAUGAAUUUCAAUUUGGAUUCCGAAUUUUUGAUUUAUCAAAUCUGA